GUGUCGUCAUACAAAACAACAAGAUAGAUAAUAUACUGCUCACAUGCUCAUUAGUCUGCUGGCACAGGUGUAUGGGACAAAACACACCUAGCAUAAUGCUUCCUGUAUUUUUCUUGAUGUGCUUUGUUUCCGUCAGCCGUAGCCAAGGACACGUUUUACCAUUGGUUGGGCGAAAUGGCGGGCAAAAUGAAGGACGUAAUGUCGGAUUUCGUUCUAUGCCUAAUUUGAAUUUUGUGAAUGGACCUCAGGUAGGAAACGCUCAAGCAAUACCAAGAUUUGUUGAUAACAAUAUUCGACAAGCCGUACUGCAAAAUGUUGGUGGCGCGAACGUUCGGCCUGCUGUGCUGCAUAAUGUUGGUGGUGCUAACGUUCGGUCAGCUGGUCUGGGAAAUGUCGAAGUUGGACCAAGAGUAGUACAAAACAUACCAAGACAAAAUGUCCUUCAAAAUGUAGCUUCGGCCAAUCAGCAACCAGGCCUCGCACGGAUUCUUCCUUUCCCUAACGUUAUACCACAAAUACCAGAACCGCCGAGUGUAUCCGUUCCAAAUCCUGGACCUCAAGGCAAUAGAUUAGCUUUUGAUGAGUUCGGCCAACAGCUACCGAACCAGUUACAAGUUCAAACACUAUGUAACACUAGAUUCUUUAAAAAUGAUUAA